UAUUGACGCCAUAUUGGGGCCGGCGGCGGGUGGAAGAGUCGUACAGUGUAGUGGGAAGCGGUUGGACGUGUUUGUUUGAGCUCCUGCGGCUGCCUCACGUCGUAAUCCCUCCGCAUCGACCGCCGCUCUCUAGCUACUGAUCCUACUUAGGCACGUUGGGAGCCGCGUUGAAGCCUCCCACCUCACGGGGCUGUUAUCGACUUCGAAUAGAGCCGGUCUCAUCUCAGAAGCACCUCAGACGCGGCGCAAAGCUCGCACGGACGGCGGGGGCGGCCGGAGCCUCUCCUGGGGGAGCCGCGCCUGAGGAGGCGGAAGAGCCCCCCCUGACGCGGCUGGCGUGAGCUGCCGCCACCGCCCCUCUCGCUCUUGCCCCGGCCGACCCGGGCCACUGCCCUGCCGCGGAGGCAGCGGCGGCGGCUGUUCUCUCCUGGGUCUUUUUCCUCUGAAUCCGUCGGUUAAGCUUCCCCGAGCCCCCGUCCCCCCCUCCGCCAUUCCCCUCCCGUCACCCCUCCCCGUCCCCACCCGAACCCGGCGCCUCCGCUGCCCCCGGCCAUGGCGUGCGGAGCCACUCUGAAAAGGACUCUGGAUUUCGACCCGCUGCUGAGCCCGGCGUCCCCGAAGCGGAGGCGAUGUGCGCCAUUGUCGGCGCCCACUUCGGCUACUGCUUCCCCGUCGGCGGCGGCCGCGGCCACAGCCGCCGCCUUCUCGGCCGCCGCCGCCUCACCGCAGAAGUAUCACCGAAUGGAACCGUCCCCAUUCGGCGAUGUCUCCUCCCGCCUCACUACAGAACAAAUUCUGUACAAUAUAAAACAAGAGUAUAAGCGCAUGCAGAAGAGAAGACAUUUAGAAACUAGUUUCCAACAGACAGAUCCUUGUUGUACUUCGGAUGCACAGCCCCAUGCAUUUCUCCUCAGUGGACCAGCUUCUCCAGGGACUUCGUCUGCAACAUCGUCACCAUUGAAAAAAGAACAGCCCUUAUUCACUCUACGGCAGGUUGGGAUGAUCUGUGAACGUUUGUUGAAAGAACGUGAAGAGAAAGUUCGAGAAGAGUAUGAAGAAAUACUGAACACAAAACUUGCAGAACAGUAUGAUGCAUUUGUGAAGUUUACGCAUGAUCAGAUAAUGCGACGAUAUGGAGAACAGCCUGCUAGUUAUGUUUCAUGAAUCACGUUUUCUGCAAUUGUGGGCUGCCUUUGUUCCUUGUUGAGUUGUUGCAAGAGGUCCCAAUUAAUGACAUGCAGCAAUGCUGAUACACCCCCCCUGUGAAUACAGGUUAUUUCAAGCUUUCGUCAGUGGCAACCACUCUUAGGCAGCAACUGGUUUUGGAAAUUUCCUUGAUGUCAAUACCACCUGGAUGUGGACCUUUGCUACUUUUAUUAAUACCAGUGGCCUCAUUUGCUGUAUCAUUACAAUUUGGCUUCGUAUAUUAAUGAUAUGUUUGAAAUGGAUUAAAGCUGGUAUUCUAGAACAUGCCUUUCACUGGUUGUGUAAAUAAAACUGUAGAAUGAUACUUCAGACUGAAGUUAGUGUGUGUUUUUUUUAUUAUUAUGCACUACAACCAAGCUGUAACCAGUUAUUAAUAAUUUAGAAUGUAAUAACAGGACAAUGUUAAGCAAAUAGCCUACAGUGCUUCCUGUGAAAUAGUGAAGGAGGAGGGUAUUUCUAUAUUCCAGGACUUCUUGGGGUUUCAGAAUGGGUUUAUAUGAUUUGGGGGGUAGUUUUUAUUUAUUCUAUCAGUCUUUUUAAUAAAUGUUUAUUGCUGCAUCCCCCCCCCCAAUGUAUCAUUGUUUUACUGCCCUUGUAGUACUGGAAUUUAGUUAAAGAAUAAAACAUUUACUUCUCAUGUGCUUGUUUUUUAAUACACAGAUAGAUGUGGGUGGGUGGCAUGUCAAUAAAGCCAAUCUUUUAAA